AUCCAUAAUCAAAUAGAGAGAGUAAGCAUCCAAAUAUUUCACUACACAAACACCUCAGAAAUGGCCUCCUCUUCCUUCCCAAUCAUCAACAUGGAGAAGCUUAAUGGUGACGAGAGAUCAUCCACCAUGGCUCUCCUUCAUGAUGCUUGUGCUAACUGGGGUUUCUUAGAGGUUAUCAACCAUGGAAUCUCUAUUGAACUGCUUGACAAGAUUGAAAAAGUAACAAAAGAUCACUACAAGAAUGUCAUGGAAAAAAGAUUCCAUGAAGCAGCAAGCAAAACUCUUGAAGGAGUUGUGAGUGACAAAAAUGAUAUUGACUGGGAGAGCACUUUCUUCAUUAAACAUCUCCCAGAGUCUAACUUGUCGGAGCUCCCUGAACUCAAUGAAGAAUACAAGACUUUAAUGAAGGAAUAUAUUGUGGAAUUGGAGAAACUUGCUGAGAAACUCCUAGACUUGUUGUGUGAGAACCUAGGACUUGAGAAGGGUUACCUUAAGAAAGCCUUGUCUGGAUCAAAGGGACCUCAAUUUGGAACCAAAGUUGGAAACUACCCACCAUGCCCACGUCCAGACUUAGUUAAGGGACUCAGGGCUCAUUCGGAUGCAGGUGGUAUCAUCUUGCUUUUCCAGGAUGAUCAAGUCAGUGGACUCCAAUUCCUUAAAGAUGGUGAAUGGGUUGAUGUUCCUCCGAUGAAACACUCUAUUGUCGUCAACUUUGGUGAACAAAUUGAGACUAUCACCAACGGGAAAUACAAGAGCAUCAUGCAUCGCGUGCUAACUCAACCCGAAGGUACCCGUAUGUCAGUUGCUUCGUUCUACAACCCCGGGAGUGACGCUGUGAUCUACCCAGCACCAGCCCUGUUGGAGAAAGAAAAAGUUGAUGAAAGCCAAGUUUACCCGAAGUUUGUGUUUGGAGAGUACUUUAAGUAUUAUGAAACAACUAAGUUCCAGGAGAAGGAACCAAGGAUUGAAGUGUUCAAGGCACUGCAGAAAAACGCUGUUGCUGCUGCUUAAAAUUAAGAAAACAGAUAUUUAUGUUUACUUAUCGAAAUUGUAUUGAGGAUAUUACCAUUAAUCCAUUUUGAACAAUUUAAUAAUAAUAAUAAAAAGUAUUAAUGUUGGAUUAUUUUUACUCUAA